AUGGCCUUAAACCAGGAAGAACAGCCCGUAAUAGACGACAACAUGACCCAAAUCGUAACAUUCAGCAUCCAAAAGAUUGUCCUAUAUUCAUCAUGCACGACAGCCCUUGGUGCAUCUCUCGGUGCCCUCUACGGAGAAAUCCGCGGUCUCUCCAAGUUAUCCUACGCGUUCAACAUGGGUGCAAACUGGACAUUAAUCGGUGUCCCCUUCUACACACUACGAGAAGCCAUCCUGCUCUAUCGCAAAGAGAUCAAGGCCCACAACGGCGAGUCCCCAUGGCAUAGACUAGGUCGUGAUGAAUUCAUAGCUAGCACGCUCGCGGGAAGCAUUGUCGGCAGUCGCUUGGGGUAUAUGUGGAGAGGAUACAUGGCAAUUCCUGCUGGAAUCAUCAUGUAUGGUGGCCUUGCCGGGCUGGGACAGAUGGGGAUUACGUCAUUUAGGAGGUGGAAGCAGGAUGUGGGGUAUGCGGACUGGAGGAGAUCGGUUGGGCUUGACCAUACCACGGAUUCAUCUGUGCGUGAUCGAUGGUGGAGACGGCAAGAGACGUUUUAUCGUAGCAAGGAAGAUGAUAAUAUUGUUAUGCCGCCAUCGUCGUACUCGUGGGAUCCAUUGAGAGAUGGAAUGGAUUGGGCGUCUGCUAAACUAAACCAGUAUGUCACGCUUCCUGCUUGGGCGUCGCCACUGGCGAAUGCUCUGGAUAUCGAGUAUCGCAAGAAGUUGAAUAUGCAGAUACAGGCUUUGGAAGCUCAGGUGUUUGUCUUGAGAAAGAGGGUGGAGGAAGCCAAACAAAAACAACAGCAGGCUAGUGCUAUAUAA